GUGAUUUUUUAAAAAAAAAUUCUUCUUCCUCGUCGAGUAUUUGUGUAGGUAUUCAGUUGUCAACUGUGUUUUGUUCGUGUUUAUAGUGUGAAUUUUAUCGCAAUUUUGAACCGGUUUAAAUUCAGUUAUUUGUAGAUUUAGAUUCAAAGUGUUUUCUUCGGUGUACCGAUAAUAAAAUUCUAUAAAUAAACAUGGCCACUCAACUGGAUAAAUAUUUUAGCGACGUGAAAAUACCCAACAGUAUAACCAAAGCGGACAUAAAAUCCAUCAAAGACUGGUUGAGUAAACAACGUCAUUUACCAGAAUUGUCAGAUCGUCAAAUCGCAAUCUUCAUUCACAGCUGCUUCGGAGCGUUGGAAUUGACGAAAAAUACCAUCGAGUCGUAUUACACCAUAAGGACUCAUGCUCCUGAAUUGUUCAAUGGAAGGAAUGCCAAAGAAGUGGCUGAAACUAAUAACGUUAUAAUAGCCACCGUAUUACCCGAUCUAUCCGUGGAAAAAGAUAACCUCAUUUUGGCCGGAUUUUACGACGAAAAUCCUGAAAAAUUUAACGUACAGAAGGCUGUUCGAUUAUUCUUCUCGAUAUGGGAUCUCGAAGGAAACCUGAUCCCUGAUGCAACAGGAUGGAGAGUUAUCAUAAGUGCGAAAGGAUUUUCGCUCGGGCAUUUCACUAGGAUAACCACUAACAUGGGUAUCGUCAGGAAGGUCAUUUGUUACCUUCAAGAUGGAUUGCCAUUACGAUUAAAAGGUAUUCAUAUCUUUAACGCGAUCCCAUUGGUUAACCAGUUCUUAGCUGUUGUCAAACCUAUCAUGAAGAAGGAAUUAUACCAAUUGAUCAAAGUACAUCCAACCAAUAACAUCGAGUCUUUGUACGAUUACGUUCCUAAGGAUUCCCUUCCAACAAAUUUCGGAGGAAAAGCUCCCUCACUUGAUGAAUUAAUCAAGCUUAGCAACGAAAAGAUGAAAAAAUACGAACCGUGGUUCGCAGACGAUGAAAAGCUCGCUCGUGUGGAUGAGUCACAACGAACCGGCAAACCGAAAAAUUCCGGAGAUAUUUUUGGAUUCGAUGGAUCUUUCAAGAAACUUGAUUUCGAUUAAAUUUCCAUUCCACCGUAAACGUGUUUGAUUUAAUUAAUUACGAGUAAACUUAGGUGCAUUUAAUUGUAGCGUAUAUUUUAAGACGAUGGUUUCAUGUUUGAUGUUCUCAAAUAUAUUAUUUCAUGUGUAAA